AAAAGGUCGUUUUUGACUCGUCACAGGAAUCAGUAUUUUGUUCUCAAUCAAGUCUUGAAUGCCUUGAUCUUUAUUAAAAUAAGCAGGUUGACCUGAUUUACCAAAGGUUUCAAGUAUCUUGUCUUGUCUCGUGAUUAAAUAAUCACCCCAUGCACCCCUCAUCAUCACCUUUCCCGUGGAGUUUGCGCAGUGUCUGUUCUUCUGAAGCGAGAACGUUUAUGAGUCAUUACAGCGAUGCUGACAGGAGUGAUUUAUGGCACACUGUUGUGUUGCAAAGAUGACAAUUCCACCACGGGAUCCGUCGAAGAUGACGUGCUUCGAACUCACGCGAUAUCUUUGGUGCACACUUCUUACAGCAUUGUAGUUCCGAUUAUAUUAGCCGCCGGCUUUUUGGGUAAUGUCACGAUCUUGAUUGUGCUGUCCAGCACGACGUUUCGCGGAAUCGCAUAUUUGUAUCUCAGCGGACUCGCGCUGGCGCACAUCGGCGUCACACUGUCUUGGAUAAUGAUCACGCUGAGACUGGGCUACGGUAUGAGCAACAAUUAUCCGUCAGCUUUCUAUCACGCUCAUCUCGAACUCGUGAUCAUGAACGCUUUCUCGGUCGCCAGUGUUUUCAUCAUGCUGUGCUUAAUCGUGGAUCGAUACAUUUUCGUAUUCUUCCCGUCCCGCUUCCGCACGGGAAACGCGCGAAAAAACGUCCACAAUCUGAUAUUGUUUUCCUUCAUCGCCGGUUUUGUGAUAAGCGGUCCGCUGUCGGUUAUGAGGAUCGUUCACGCGACGCAGGACGAACUCGGCACUUUGUUCACGUUGCGUGAAAACGUACUCGUUACGAAGAAACCUACGUGGAAAUUGUAUAUCUGGAUGAUGGAAUUCGUCGUGCAGAUUUGUCCGUCGAUAUUGUUUAUUAUACUGAACAGUUCGAUCAUCAAGAGGUUUCUUCAAUUGAACGCGCGUACUCGACAAUUCAACGCAACCGCGUACAAGUUGCGAAACAAAAACGCACACGACACGUCGUUACUGUCUCGCAAUCGGGGAUAUAAAGAGGAGCAACAUUUGGCGAUAUUGACGACGACAAUGAUAUUGUGCCUUUUCGUGACGACGAUCCCGGCUGGUCUCACGUCGAUACUGUACAGGAGUUAUCAUUUGAAUCCUAACUAUCAAAUUUUCCGGAUAUGCUCGACAAUUGUGGAACUCAGCAAUUACGCGAUUUAUAUUCACAUAUAUCUCGUCUGCAGUCCAGAAUUUCGGAGAGAGUUAUUGCGGAUUCUGCAAGGAAAAUAUAAUGAAAAUACAGAACAGGAUGUUGAUCAACCGAUCGGAGAAAUCGAAGACUACAGUCGACACGGUACCACCGUUCGAUUGACACCGGAACAUACGAAAUUGAAUUCCCCCGAUUCUCCGACGAAGGAAGCCAAGAAGGAAGAAGCCAACAUAUCGGACGCAACGGCUUUUAUGCUGGAACGCCGAGUUAUCGCAUAAUUAUAUAUAUUGUAUGUCAAAGAAUCAAAGAGAAAAACAGAUUUUUCCGCUUGUUAAUAAAUUAUUAAAUGUGUUGAUAAUGUGUAAUGGGAGAAUUACACACACGUAAUAUAAUAAUCAAAAAAUUAAUAUAAUAAAUUA